AUGGCACGACUUCGUCUAUACAGGACGGCGUCACCAAUUCCAAGAUUUUCAGCUAUGCGGAAGAAGUUGUCGAAACAUAGCAUGUCUGCAGGACUGCCUCUAGAGCCAUACUUGUACAGAGAACGCAGAGGGAACUUCUCCAACAAAGAAGUUAUCACAACUUCUCGCUGUGCUACAAUGUCUCCAUACUCGAUGUUAUCUGCCUUAUCUCAACAAUCUGACAACAAGAAAUUCUCGUGCGAGUUGGCCGUAUAUGGGAAGCAGUUUCAGGAUGAUCAUAUUUUGGCCAUAGUGCGCAACAAUCAAAGAGAUGCAUUCCUCCCGAUGUUAAAAGAAAAUGAGGUUUACAGCUUUCAUGCAAACAAAAUGCAAAACGAAGAGAAGAUGUUAGUAACCUUAUGGGAAGACAAAGCGCUCCAGUUCAUGUCCUCCAUCCUAGAGGUCCAAGAGAAGGCAACCUUUGUUGCGAUUACUGGGCUACUGGCAAAAAAGUUUUCAGAUAGAGCCACACUGUCAAGCACUGAUGCAACAAGAUCUUACUUCAAUAUUGAUUACGAACCUCUGAAUGCUCUCAACGAGAAGCUGUCUGCAUCAAUGGCGGGGGGACAUAACUCCUUACAGGCUCCUACAACAAGACAGUUUGUCACUGCCAAUGAGAAUCAGCCAAAAGAGCUUCAGACAAAGUCAAUCUUGGAGGCUAAGAUUCCAGUGGGGAACAAUGUACUGCACUGUCUUUAUAAAGGAACGAUAGUUGACGUCCUCAAUGGAAAUGGGUGGUACUACAUAUGUUGUCCAAAAUGCGCAAGAGCUGUUCGUGAAUUGGAGGGGAAAUUUUAUUGUGCGGCCUGCACCGAAGAACCCAACCCAGUAACACAACGUUACAGAGUUGUCAUCCGUAUCGAGGACGGCACAGGUUCAACAACUUUAACAUUGUUCAACAAGGAGGCUGAACAAAUUAUCGGUGCUCCACUAAACAUAUUACUGAAAGAGAUAGAGAAGGAGAUGCUGGCAGAGAUUCCUCUUGCGCUGAAGAAUUUAAUCGGCAAAAAAUGUGCAUUCCAAAUAAAGAUCACUCCAUACAACAUAGAAAAAAGCUGCGAGGAGUAUACAGUCACCCGUGUCUCGGAGUUUUCCCUGCCUCCUAUCACCAAUGACGCGGCGGACUCUUCUGAGGGCUCGAACAAGAAACAAAGGACCGCUUGA